UUCUCUUUCCCUCACCCUUCUCUAAACUUUUCCCUAUUUCUCUCUACAAUUUUCAGCCAUGGUCAAAGCCGGAACUCUCACCAAGCUCAAGUCAGCCAUUAAGAGAUGGCCUUCGAUUACCAAGCUCGGUCGGAGCUCUAGCUCGGUGUCGGUUGCCGCCGUGAGUGAUGGUGCCAAUAUUGGCGAAAACAUCUCUAAGGAGCUUCGUACGGUCUAUGUCGGUAAGUCCCGACGACCGUAUUAUGUCAGCUUGGAUGUCGUAGCACAUCCUUUGUUUCAAGAGUUGGUUGAUAAGUCAUCGUUUGACGACGAAGGCGCGGUGGUGGUUUCUUGUGAGGUCGUCAUGUUUGAGCAUUUGUUGUGGAUGUUGGAGAAUGCGGCCACGCAAUUGGGGUCGACUGAGGAACUCGUCGAGUUCUACACUUGUUGACUCGGCGGUUGUAGCGGUUAAUGCGGCGGAUGGACGACGGCGGUGAACGGCAUGCAUAAUACAAAGUCUAAUAAUUUAAUUAAGGUGUAAAGAUGUUUGGUAGCUAAUGUUUGUUGAGAGAAAUUGAACGUCGUUGCUGGAAUGUGUAUUUUUUUUUUUUAGUUUUAUGAUAAUUAAUCAUGAUUAAUUAAACAAUAUAAUUAAAGAUUGCUACUUAAUUACAUAAUUUAAUUUUAA